AUGUCGCGGCGCUAUCACUCAACCGACGUUCUUUUGCUGAUCCUGGCGCUGUUCUUCCCGCCCCUGACUGCGUUUUUCAAGCGCGGAUUCGGCGCUGAUUUGCUUAUUAAUGUGCUGCUGACACUUCUCGGGUUUCUGCCAGGGCUCCUGCAUGCGUGGUACCUGGUCUUUGAGCACCCUUACGAGUCUCGCGGAUAUCGUCGCCCUGAACGUGGGCUCAACCGAGACUUUAUUAUUUGCACAGCACUGACGCUGCUGUUCUGGGUACCAGGCAUCGCAUACAGCUGGUACCUGAUCUUCAAGUACCCGCUGGAGAACUUUAGGCAGCGGGGCGGCCCAGGGCGGUACCAGACUAUCGAAGAUGGUUUGCGGCGACAGUCGAUGGGCGGGGCGCUGGCGCUGGAAGACGAUGGGUCGGAGCGCAGUGAGGACGAUCACAGUCUCGGCGACACGCCGAUCACACCUGACACUACGGCGGUGACGCCGCAUUCUACAUUGCGCUCGCCAAGCCGUAAAUCGAUGUCAGGACGCAAAAAGUCGCACCGCGGACGCAAGCCGGGUAGCGGGCGGCGGAAGAGCUCAAGUAGCAGCCGUAGCGGGAUCCGCGGGCGGCCACCACAGCAGCGCGAGCGGUCAAACUCGGUCAAAAAAUGGUUCGUUGACCGCUUCUACUUUGCCGACCCCACCCAGGUCCCACCCGAAAUGGGCAACGAUCUCCACAGCAACCCCGAAUCGCACGAGCUGUCUGUUCCGCAGCAGUAA